CGCCGGAGAAGAGGCCGCAUCUGCGCGAGUACGCAAUCCGGCCCCCCUAACCGACGACACCACUUCAAUACCCCCCCCCCGAAUCCCCUCAGAGAAAUGGCGUCGCUGUACAGGCUCGCCGGCCGCAGCGCCAAGCGCCUCUGUCAAAGGCCAUCGUCGCCCUUCCUCACCACCCCGGCCUUCCCUGCUUCCCGCGCCUUCUCCGCCUCGGCCCUCCGAAGAGCUGGCGAGAUCACCUGGGAGGGCACCCGCCUGACCCCUACCAACCCCGACUUCGAAGCCGUCGCCGACCCCUACAAGCACAUCAUCGGCGCCCGGGAGGAAGCCCCCUCAAAAGUCCCUCUCGACACCGAGAACUCGGUCGACGACCGCAAGGUCCGCCACUACACAGUCAACUUUGGUCCCCAGCAUCCUGCCGCCCACGGCGUGUUGCGUUUGAUUCUGGAGCUGUCUGGUGAGGAGAUCGUCCGUGCCGAUCCUCACGUUGGUCUUUUGCACCGUGGUACCGAGAAGCUGUGCGAGUACAAGACAUAUCUCCAGGCCCUGCCUUACUUCGACCGUCUCGACUAUGUUUCCAUGAUGACCAACGAGCAGUGCUUCUCGCUCGCUGUUGAGAAGCUAUUGAACGUCGAGAUUCCCGAGCGCGCCAAGUUCAUCCGCACCCUGUUUGGCGAGAUCACCCGUAUCUUGAACCACUUGAUGUCCGUCUUGUCGCACGCCAUGGAUGUUGGCGCUCUUACACCUUUCUUGUGGGGUUUCGAGGAGAGAGAAAAGCUCAUGGAAUUCUAUGAGCGCGUCUCUGGCGCCCGUCUCCACGCUGCCUAUGUCCGCCCCGGCGGUGUCCACCAAGACAUCCCCAUGGGUCUCCUCGACGACAUCUACCAAUGGGCGACGCAGUUCGGCGACCGCAUCGAUGAAACUGAAGAAAUGCUGACGGACAACCGCAUCUGGAUCAACCGUCUCAAGGGCGUCGGCGUCGUCUCGGCCGCCGAGGCCAUCAACCUCUCCUUCACGGGCGUCAUGCUCCGCGGCUCCGGCGUCCCCUUUGACAUCCGCAAGUCCCAGCCCUACGACGCCUACGACCAAGUCGAGUUCGACGUCCCUGUCGGUGUCAACGGCGACUGCUAUGACCGCUACCUCUGCCGCAUGGAGGAGUUCCGCCAGUCGCUGAGAAUCAUCCACCAGUGCCUCAACAAGAUGCCUGCUGGUCCUGUGAGGGUGGAGGAUUACAAGAUCUCGCCUCCCCCCAGGAGCGCCAUGAAGGAGAACAUGGAGGCCUUGAUUCACCACUUUUUGCUGUACACCAAGGGGUAUGCGGUGCCGCCGGGGGAUACCUACUCUGCGAUUGAGGCGCCGAAGGGUGAGAUGGGUGUUUAUGUUGUGAGUGACGGGAGCGAGAGGCCCUACCGGGUGCACAUUCGGGCGCCUGGGUUUGCGCACUUGGGUGGGUUUGAUCACAUUUCCAAGGGGCAUUUGCUGGCUGAUGCUGUGGCGGUGAUUGGUACGAUGGAUUUGGUGUUUGGUGAGGUUGAUCGGUAA